ACCCGUGUGACACCCGAAAUUCCCCAAACCACACUAGGAGCCUAGGACUAGGGUCUCCUCUCCCCGCCGGCUGCCCUCGCCCUCCACUCUCACACCUCUGCUCCUACUAAUCCUCCCGAGGAGCAAGCGUGGCGAGCGAGCAAGAACGCGAUGAAGAGAAGACUGAAGAAGCUGAAGCUCCGUCAGCAGGCCGCCGCUCGCAAGCUAGAGCAGGGACCCAGUGAGCUACACAAGGAGGAGCCCUGGACACCCCAAGUUCGCCAAAUCUCCACUCCCGGUGCCCUCGCUUCGGCAAGCCACGGCCACCCUGAAACUCCUGCUCCUGCUCCUGCUAACCCUACCGAGAAGCAAGAAAGGUGCCCAGAAGCAGGAGCCGAGGAAGCUAACUAGCUAAGCCAGGAGGCCGUCGCUCUCGACCUAAGAGCAUGGACCCAGUGAGCUACACAAGGAGGAUCCCGAAGUUUGCCAAAUCUCCCCUCCCGGUGCCCUCGCUACGGGAAGCCAUGGCCACCCUCAAACUCCUGCUCCUACUAACCGUCUCUCGAAGCAAUUUAUGCGAGCCAGGAAGAUAGUUCAGAAGGAGCACCGUCUGGCGGCCGUUCUCAAGCUAAAGCAGGGACCCAGUGAGCUGCACAAGGAGGAUCCCGGGACACCCCACGUUCGCCAAAUCACACCAGGAUCGCUCUCCCCUCCCGCUGCCCUCGCCAAGGGGAGCCCUGAAACUUCUGGUCCUGACAUCGAGGAGCAAGCGGGGUCACUUGAACCCGAACCAGCUUGUCUUCGUCACAGUUUUCUCUACUCGGAUCGCCUAGCCAACAGAUCUACAAGGGUUGAGGAGCAUGUCAGAGAGGUGAGCAGCAGGGAGUUUGAAACAUUGACAUUGGAUCAAUCACCUCCACCUGACUCAACUCACAGGGUUAAUAAGCAUGACAGCGAGGUGAGCAACAGGGAGUUGGAAGCAUGGGCAAUACAUCAAUCACCUCCGAAAGUUGACUCAACUCCUAGCAUCGAGGAGUAUGCCCUUGAGGUUAGAGCACUGAAACUUUCUCAGUCACCUCCUGCACUUGACUCAACUCACGGGUCCGAGGAAUGUGCUUAUGACACUACCAACAGUGAGACUGGCUCUGAAAUUGUUGAGGAGAAGCCCCCCAAAAAAUCAGUCCCUUGGGUAUACAGACCGGUACGCUUUGACAUCCUCGAGGCUUUGAUUGGCCAUUCACAUGGCUACAACAACCCGGUCCAGCAUAAACUGGAUGCUCAGAAAAUUUGGGAAUCGGGAAAGGAAUUUGUAGCUGCUGAAGCAUCAGAUUCUGUUGCCUCUCCGACAGAAAGUCUAGCACAGGGUGAAGCAUCAACAAAGGAGAUAAUUGAGAAUGGUAAGAAGUGGAUGGGCAAGGAAGUUAUGUUGGCUUUUGAGAAAUACAUUGAAGGAAAGAAGCAAUUCAAAGACGUGUUGUAUUGCUUCGAUGAGAUUAAAUACCAGUGCUUCAGUGUGGAGAGCUACAGUCAUAUAUUUCAUCACUUCAACUUCACUGUGAAGAUGAAAAAGAUUUCAGAUGACCAAUGGUCAUUGACACCUUUUUUCGCUGAAGUGAAGGAGGUCUAUGGAAGAAAGUACAGUUCAUGCUACAAACUACAUUCAUAUGAUGAUGGUCACUGCUACGCGUGCAAGAAUCAAGGGAUGCAUGCACUGCAGCACCCUAUUUUGGGGAUCGGGUAUGAGGGUGGCCAUGCUGCUAUGGGGCCCCCCUUUGUUUAUUUUAAAGAUGAUGAUUACUUUGAUUGAGCGAUGAUGGUGUAUGUAUGCCGAGUAGACUUGACCUCCAAUGCGUGAAAGUAACAAGUCUUGUGUGAGGGGCCUCGGCUACGGAGUUAAUGAUUUGUCUUGGUGUUCCGAAUUUGGUUUUGAGAUA